CCUCUACUUAGCCUUUCUAGCUCUCCGAUUUUUCUCUCACUCCCAUCAUUUUUUAGCUGCUUUGUUUCAGCCAUCGUGAUCUAUUCAUCGAUUAUAGAUUCGGAUUUUCAUCCAAAUUUUCUUCUGCUUUUGCAUAAUUAUUGUGCGUUCCUGCAGAAGAAUUAUCUGCUUCGGGAUCGUUAGUUCGAGCCCAAUUGAGGUUUAGAUUUUUCAAGUCGGGGCAGCGAGUGCAUUGUCUGUUCUGAUUUAGCGAUCGAUCGUGGCCGAUUCACCUGUACACGAACGAGAGAGAUACUGAGUGAGAGAGAGCGAGCGAGCGCGUUAGUUCUUUCAUCGCCGCGAGUCGAGUCGAGCCGAUUCGAGUGCGAGCCGGGAUAACUGCCAUGGCCACCGCUGUUGAAGCUGCUCCGGUUGCCGAGCCAAUUGUGUCGAUGUCAACUGAGCCCACUGUCGAGACGAAGCCCGAGGAGAAGCCCGAGAAGGCAGUCAAGGAGAAGAAGCCGAAGGUUCCCAAGGAGAAGAAACCGAAGGCAGUGAAGGCUAUCGCUGGACAUCCUCCUUACGUAGAGAUGAUCAGGGAGGCCAUCGCGACACUCAAGGAGAGGACUGGUUCAAGCCAAUACGCAAUUGCGAAGCAUCUGGAGGACAAGUACAAGACCGGGCUCCCUCCCAACUUCAAGAAGACACUUUCGAUUCAGUUGAGAAACCUUUCCAAGCAAGGCAAGUUGACCAAGGUGAAGAAUUCCUUCAAGCUUUCAGACGAGUUGAAGAAAGAGCCGAAAGCUCCGAAGGCUGUGAAGGCCCCGAAGGUUCCCAAGACAACGACAGCUGAGCCGGUGGUGAAGAAGUCGGCGGGUCGACCCAAGGGAUCGACCAAAGCGAAAGCCGCAGCUGGAGCAGCGAGCCCGAAGGUUGCCAAGAGUGUGAAGGCCCCAAAGGCGACAAAGGUGAAGGCAGUAAGGCCUGUAAAGGCAACGAAGGUUGAGCCCAAGCCCGCAAAGGUAGCGAAGCCUGCAAAGUCGCCGGCCAAGGAGAAGACGGCCAGUCCAGCAGCUGAGAAGCCAGCGAAGCGAAAGGCACCGUCGCAGAGGAAGGCCCCUGUUCCCAAAACAGCCGCACCGAAGAAGGCUACAGCACCGAAGAAGGUGACGACUCCGAAGAAGGUCCCGAAGUCGAUCAAGUCCCCGAAAUCUCCGAAGCCGGCGAAGUCUCCAAAAACCAAGACCGCCGGAGCCACACGGAGAAGUGCUGCGAGCCCUCCAGCGAAGAAGCAAAAAAAAUGAAAGACUUGAUUAGGACGGAAUGUUGCGACGGUGUUUCUUGACACCAUCCUUCUGAUAGGCACAUCGGCAUCCCUUGGACAUCUCAUUAUCCUCAGGGCAAAAAUUACGGGUUUGAGUAGACAUGCAAUUUCAGAAAGCAUGUCUGCUGACCUCUCGAGUCUUACACAGGCGAGACUGCCCAGCGCGUCUAUUUUGGACUCGUAUCACCUGUGGUGUACAAAUUCCGAGAAGACGAUCCAUUAACGGAUCGAGCUCUCGGGAGGAUUGUAGGUUGGGGAUUGACGAUGUUAUAGAGUUUGAGUGACUCUUCCAAUGAGAACUGCCUGAGGGUAUACGGAAGUGUAAUCUAAAUCCGCUCGCUACCCUGCAUUUUUCCCAGUUCAGAUUGGUAGAUGGUGAAGCUUAUAAGUCUGUACAUUCUUGUACCUUACCAUACCAAUCUUUAGAUAGGGAAAUUGUAUAGAGAAUCACUGUAUUAGUGUAACUGCCAGCGGAGGUAAAUUGGUAGAGUUUUGACUGUAAUGUAUGGCACUCGCCACUGAAUAUCAUCGUGCUGUGAUUGGUUACCAUCUCAGUGAUCUUAAUACAUGAUGUAAAACAUUGGCGAA